AUCCUCUCAAAUUGCGAACUGCAAUGGGCGAAGGAGAGGGCUUCCUCGCAUAUGCUGCCUGAAUUUUCACGCGCAGAAGACAGUGCAAUGAAACGGCAGAUUGUCUACAUGAUUAUCGUCCUCGCAAGCAGGCUGUUAAGUAUCGUGAAAUGUUCAAGCUGUGAAGACGACAACCAGAAACGUGUUUACUGCACUAAAAGUGGGGUGGUACGGCAAAAAAUGUGCCUCGGUGUCGCGCCUUUCUCGUGCAGCACCGGGUCUUGGCCGUGCGCGUGCAAAGAAGACCUGUACAGGAGUUCAGAUGGAGUAUGCGUCCAAAAAAGAAAGUGUGAUCCAAUGUAUAGGACGCCGAAGCCGAGAACUACAAAGUUCCCGCGUGGAACUUAUAUUCCAGGAGGAGCCGUAAAGGUUCUUCAAAAGUGGAAAAAACUUGUGCGAGUGGCAACAUCAACAAAGCGGUGGCUUGGAAAUGACUGCUUCUGUAUGGACUCGGAUCACGUUGCUGAUUUUCCGCCCCGAAAUGUCGUCCGCACGGUAUCGUGUAAAAUAUACAGUAAAUUUGGGAAAUUCAACAACGUAAUGAUGAAGUUUACUGCACAAAUUAUGUUCGAGCUUGGUGUCGAAGAUGGCGUCACAGUAUUUUACCUAAGAAGAUACAAAUCUGAUACCAAUAGAAUUCCGUUCGACAUUCCGAAGAAAUUGAACGUGCUUUAUGCCAAUGGUGAUUGCAUUGUGUUGCAAUUUACUGGAACAAAGAAAGACCAAGAAAUAUGCUCACUUUGGGGGCCACAGAACGCAAGCGGAGUAGACGAGCAAGUCUGCUUUAAUACCUUCAACAAAGAUUGCCCAGGUGAAAAAACUUUCUCAUAUCUGCAAGAACGUGAUCGCUGCGACCUACACGACAAGUUGGCUCAAACAUACGGCAAAAAACCUCGCAGUAAAUAAACAAGGUACUC